UUGGCCAUUUCUGGAACGGUUCACGGCUUCACGCCGACCGACGGCACGGCACCGACGCCAUCACGCCGUUCACGGCUUCACGGUUCUUUACGUGGGUUAAUGCCAUUGACGUGGGUUUUGCAGAAUUUUGCCUAAUUUUAUCGUGUUAGAUGCACAACAGGAGAGACUUGACCAAUAGACCAAUCAAUAUUAUUCCCAACCAUGAGGCUUGUGCGUUCGACGUUCGAGUAACAUAACAGAUAACAGGAUAGGAUAUUUUUGACGGAUUUUUGCCCGACCGGCGAGCCGGCCAGAAGCAUUCGUUGCGAGAAAUCAUUGACAAGUGGAAAGACUUGAGAAAUUGGUUGAACCUAACCUAUUUUGGUCGUACUGUUUCGUCUAAUAAGAAACAGAAGACAUAUUUGGAGGAAGAAUAAUUAACAACAACCACUACAAUGGAUCACGAUAAAUAUUAUAAGCUGGAUAAAGGUGGGACUUAUACUGUGCAUUUUUAUAACAAGGAUCGACUUGAUACACCUGAAAUAAAGGAGGCAUUUUCAUCUUAUGGAAAAGUUGUAGACAUAAACUUUGGUAAAGAAGACACUUUACUUACGUUUGUUAAGUUAGGAAGCUUGAAAGAAACAAUAGCCUGUUUAGAUGGCUUCAAAGACAGUAACAUAGAGAUAUUACCAGAAAGGAGUAAAAUAAGAAAAAGGGACAACAGAGAUUCAAGUCAACAGCAGGCAUUUCAAAAAACAUUCAACAACGACAAGAAAUUGAAUAAAAACUUGCCAAACGCUAGAGAAAAUUCACCUCGUAAAAGAACAUCUAAUGAAAAUAAUAGAUCCAAUAACUUUACGAGUAAUCAAAAAUUUAUGCCUAAUCAUGGACCUAAUUCAAAUGUGAGAGGCAGCGAAUCAGAUUUGUCAGUAUUUAAUGAAAAAUCUUCAUUAUUUUCAAAACAACAAAUUUCCAAGGAGACUAAUUCCUCAGAUACUACAAUAGAUUAUAGAAAAUAUUAUAGACUAUCAAAAGACGAUACUUACACCAUACAUUUUGCAAACAGGAAAGGACUCGAAAUGGAUGAAAUAGAGAAGCUCUGUUCACCUUAUGGAAAUAUUGUAUCGAUAUAUCCUGGUGGUGAAAAUAAUGGACUUCGAUUUGUAAAAUAUAAAACACAAGAGGAAGUAAUAAGGUGUAUAAAAGGUCUACGCGAUUGUAACGUGAUAUCCUUAUUACCACAAAAAGAUAAAAUUAUGACUGAAACGAAAACAACUGAUCAAAGAAGUUUGAAUUCAUGGCAGACAACAGCAAGUACAGAAAUGGGUGGAACAAAACCAACUGAUCAAGGAAGUUUGUGUCCAUGGGAGGCAGCAAGGACAGAAGAUACGUCACAAAGGACAUUUAGCACUGGCAAACAAUUUAAUUCGAACUCCAUUCAUAAUGAAAGAUCUCCAGAAAACGGAGAAAAGUCAAAUUAUAAUACGAAAACUUCUGGUUUGGAUAAAUUAAAAGAUACCGACUAUUCUUCAGACACUGCCUCUCGCGGUUCAAGACAAAGCUAUAAAUUUAAUGAAAAUAAAACCAAAUAUAAAAAGACAAGUCCACAAAUGUCCAAUGAACAAUACUCAUUUUCAAGACAACAGAAUCCCAUGAGUAACAAAGCUUAUGAUCGAGUAAUGAGAGAAAAGCAACAAGAAACUAAAUUAUAUCCUUCAACAAAGACUGAGACAGAUAUCAAAAUGGAUAAAAUGCGAGCUGGCACACAUGAUCACAAUAUACCGGCAUUAAUUUCUGACACAGAAACAAAGUUGAAUGAAUCUGAUACAAUGCACUGCCAUAUGUUAAGUGGGACUGCUAGGAACGCCUUACCUGAAUUAUAUCAAGAAAUAAUUGUUGCUAACAUUCAUACAAACUAUGGUGUACAUUACAUUUUACAUUUGUUUGAGAAGUACGGUCCAAUUUCAGCGACGCUUGUGAAGACAAUCCCUGAAAAUGAUUUAAGAUACUGUCAUGUUUUUUUUAAGACUGUACAAGACGCGGUAGCUGUCGAAAAAGAAUUUGAUAAUUUUCAUUUAGCUGGAAAGAAUCUAAUUGUUUUACAAAGAUCACGAUUGGUAGACGGAACUAUCUGUAAAUAAUUUGGUAUUUUUUAAUAGUAGAUAACGACAUUUUUGUAAGGAUUUUUUUUCUGCCAUAAAGGUGACAGCUCAUUGUUUAGUUUAUAUUAAAAUAACUUUAUGCAACUCGUAUGUGUAAUUUUGAUAAAUUCUGAUUGAAUAAUAUUAGCUCACGAAAUAAACUAUAAUGUAUUUGUAUUAUGAAAACGAUUGCGUGUGAGUGUGUGUGGGUGUAUGUGCGGGGUGGAUGUGUGUGUGUGCGCGCGCGCGCGUGUGUGUGUGUUUGUGCGCCUGUAUAUGGAUGGAUUAUGAAAAAUCAAUUUGCUUGCUUCUUAUAGGGAUAAAUUUACUUUAAUAACAAUAAUAAAGUGUAAAUCCCUUACCUGUACAA